CCUCCCCCCCACACGUUACCGUCGGCUGAGUCGGCUGCGUCCGCUCCGCGCUCCCCUCACCUCAGCGCGCCCGACCCGCCCGGCCCGGCCCGCCAUGGCCUCCGCCGCCCCCGGCCAGAGCGGCCCCGCCGCGCCCCUCGCGCUGCAGCGCGGCAUCGUCAAGAUGGUCCUCUCAGGCUGCGCCAUCAUUGUCCGAGGGCAGCCCCGUGGGGGGCCCCCUCCAGAGCGGCAGAUCAACCUCAGCAAUAUCCGUGCUGGAAACCUCGCCCGCCGGGCUGCUGCAGGACAGCCAGAUGCCAAGGAUACCCCUGAUGAGCCCUGGGGAUUUCCAGCUCGUGAGUUCCUGCGAAAGAAGCUCAUUGGGAAGGAGGUGUGCUUCACUGUGGAGUACAAGACCCCGCAAGGCCGGGAGUACGGCAUGGUGUACCUUGGGAAAGACACGACUGGGGAGAACAUUGCCGAGUCUCUCGUGGCAGAAGGCCUGGCCUCUCGCAGGGAAGGAAUCCGAGCCAAUAAUCCUGAGCAGAACAGGCUGGCUGAGCUGGAAGAUCAGGCGAAGGUUGCGAAAAAGGGAAUGUGGAGUGAAGGAACAGGCUCUCACACAGUCCGGGAUCUCAAAUACACGAUUGAAAACCCACGCCACUUUGUGGACUCCAUGCACCAGAAGCCAGUCAAUGCCAUCAUAGAACAUGUCCGGGAUGGCAGUGUGGUCAGAGCCCUGCUCCUCCCAGAUUACUACCUGGUCACCGUCAUGCUGUCUGGGAUCAAGUGCCCAACAUUCAAGAGGGAGGCAGAUGGCACAGAGACACCGGAGUCAUUUGCAGCAGAAGCAAAAUUCUUCACCGAGUCACGGCUGCUGCAGAGAGAUGUGCAGAUUGUCCUGGAGAGCUGCCACAAUCAGAACAUCCUGGGCACCAUCCUCCAUCCGAAUGGCAACAUCACGGAGCUGCUGCUGAAGGAAGGCUUCGCGCGCUGCGUGGACUGGUCCAUCGCAGUGUAUACCCGCGGGGCUGAGAAGCUGCGAGCGGCCGAAAGGUACGCCAAGGAGCGCAAGCUGAGAAUCUGGAGAGACUAUGUGGCACCCACGGCUAAUCUGGACCAGAAGGACAAGCAGUUCGUUGCCAAGGUGAUGCAAGUGCUGAACGCAGAUGCCAUUGUGGUUAAGCUGAACUCUGGAGACUACAAAACCAUACAUCUGUCCAGUAUCCGGCCACCUAGACUGGAAGGAGAAGGCACCCAGGACAAGAACCGGAAGCUGCGCCCACUCUAUGACAUUCCAUACAUGUUUGAGGCUCGGGAGUUCUUGCGGAAGAAGCUCAUUGGGAAGAAGGUGAACGUCACUGUGGACUAUAUCAGACCAGCCAGCACCGCCACAGAGGCUGCGCCUGCCUUCUCGGAGCGCACCUGUGCGACCGUUGCCAUUGGAGGCAUAAACAUCGCUGAGGCCCUAGUGAGCAAGGGCCUUGCCACGGUCAUCCGUUACCGGCAGGAUGACGACCAGCGAUCCUCGCACUAUGACGAGCUGCUGGCCGCGGAGGCACGGGCUAUCAAGAAUGGCAAAGGAUUGCACAGCAAGAAAGAGGUGCCAAUACACCGGGUGGCAGAUAUCUCUGGGGACACCCAGAAGGCCAAGCAGUUCCUGCCCUUCCUGCAGCGGGCCGGCCGCUCCGAGGCCGUGGUGGAGUACGUCUUCAGCGGCUCUCGGCUCAAGCUGUACAUGCCAAAGGAAACCUGCCUGAUCACCUUCCUGCUAGCAGGUAUCGAGUGUCCCCGCGGAGCACGAAACCUUCCCGGCCUGGUCCAGGAGGGAGAGCCCUUCAGCGAAGAAGCCACCGUCUUCACCAAGGAGCUGGUGCUGCAGCGUGAGGUGGAGGUGGAAGUGGAGGGCAUGGACAAGGCCGGGAACUUCAUUGGCUGGCUGCACAUCGAGGGGGCGAACCUGUCGGUGGCACUGGUGGAGCAUGCGCUCUCCAAGGUGCACUUCACGGCCGAGCGCAGCUCCUACUACAAGGCCCUGCUGGCCGCGGAGGAGGCCGCCAAGCAGAAGAAGGAGAAGGUCUGGUCCCAGUAUGAGGAGGCGCCGGCGGAGGAGGUGAUGCCAGUGCUGGAGGAGAAGGCGCGAACCACCAGCUACAAGCCUGUCUUCGUGACGGAGAUCACCGACGAGCUGCACUUCUACGUGCAGGACGUGGAGACAGGGACCCAGCUGGAGAAGCUGAUGGAGAAUAUGAGAAGCGAGAUCGCCAGCCACCCGCCCGUGGAAGGGUCCUACAUGCCGCGCCGCGGGGACUACUGCAUCGCUAAGUUUGUGGAUGGGGAAUGGUACCGGGCCCGCGUGGAGAAGGUGGAGUCGCCAGCCAGGGUGCACAUCUUCUACAUCGACUACGGCAACAAGGAGACCCUGCCCUCCACGCGCCUGGGCACCCUGCCGCCUGCCUUCAGCACCCGCAUCCUGCCCGCCCAGGCCAUCGAGUACAAGUUUGCCUUCAUCCAGGUGCCACAGGAUGAUGACGCACGUGCCGACGCGGUGGACAGCGUGGUCCGGGACAUCCAGAACACCCAGUGCCUGCUGAACGUGGAGCACCUCGGGCCCAGCUGCCCCCAAGUCACCCUGCAGUUCGCCGACUCCAAGGGCGACGUGGGGCUGGGGCUGGUCAAGGAGGGGCUGGUCAUGGUGGAGGCGCGGAAGGAGAAGCAGUUCCAGAAAGUGAUCACCGAGUACCUGAACGCGCAGGAGCUGGCCAAGACCAACCGGCUGAAUCUGUGGCGUUAUGGAGACUUCCGGGCCGACGACGCGGAUGAAUUCGGCUACAGCCGCUAGGGGAGGCCCCGGGCUCCGGCCCCACCGCAGCCACCAUGCCGCCGUCUCUCCUUCGUCUCCUCCCCAGCACCGCCAGCCGCCAUGUCACCGCAGGGCCGGGGCCUGGCUCUACAUCGCCCCACCCCCCUUGGCCUCGGCUCCACGACCCGGGCAGUGAGCCACUGGGGGUGGGGGUCGGGGGGGGGGAUCUUGGCCCCCCGCCCCAGUCCGACAAACAGGGGAUCUGCCCUUGCCUCUGUCCUGCGCGGAGCCGGCUCUGGUCUGUAUUUAAAGCUUUGGAGGCCCAAUAAAGUAGUCGAGUGCU